AAAGGGAUUGGGCUUCUUUUCCUGUGCUGCUUCAACAGUGAGGAGGUGCUGGGGACAAGGGGUGCCCUGGGCUCCCAGGAUGGGGGUUCUGCCUGGGCGCCAGCUCCCAUAGGGGGUGCAUCUUACCAGGCUCUGAGUAUCUAUCUCCUCAGGAAGAGGUUGAAGCCCAGCUGCUGCGCUGUGACUAUGGCCUGGCUGCUGACUAGAGCUUGCUGCCCCAGAGCUCUUCCUUGGGCUUCCAGAUGCCUUUGCGGGUUGGUGAGUGCCCAGUCCUGGAGCCAGAGCCCUCUCACUGCCUACAUGCCAGAAGCUGCCUCCUUCCCUGGAGCACAGGAUCACCAGGGCUUGUACAAGACAUCGGUGGAGCAGGGGAACGCCUUCUGGGGAGCACUGGCAAGGAGCCGGCUCACCUGGAUCACCCCAUUCCACUCUGUCCAGGACUGUGACCUGCGCCAGGGCCGGGUUGCCUGGUUCCUGGGGGGACAGCUCAAUGUGACAGUGAACUGCCUGGACCGACAUGUCCAUGUAGCCCCAGACAAAGUGGCCUUAAUCUGGGAGAAGGAUGAACCAGGAGAGGAGGUGCGGGUCACAUACAGGGAGCUGCUGGAGCUGACAUGCCGCCUGAGCAACACCCUGAAACGGCAGGGGGUGAAACGAGGUGACAGGGUGACCAUCUACAUGCCCCCGUGCCCACUGGCAGUGGCCAGCAUGCUGGCCUGUGCCCGGAUAGGGGCUGUGCACGCCGUGGUGUUUGCUGGGUUCAGUGCAGAGUCCCUAGCAGACAGGAUCCGAGAUGCCCAGUCGGAGACGGUGAUCACAGUGAACCAGGGGCUGAGAGGUGGCAAGGUUGUGGAGCUGAAGAAAACAGUGGACCAGGCUGUGAAGCAGUGCCCAGGAGUGAAACGUGUCCUUGUGUCCAUAAGGACGGACAGCCAGCUUCCCAUGACAGCCCUGGAUGUCCUGCUGGAGGAGGAGAUGAUGAAGGAGGAUGCAUACUGUGAGCCUGUUGCCAUGGACAGUGAAGAUAUGUUGUUCCUUCUCUACACAUCUGGCAGUACAGGCAAGCCCAAGGGCCUGGUUCAUUCCCAGGCUGGCUACCUCCUGUUUGCUGCUCUCACGCACAAGUAUGUGUUUGACUACCAGGACAGGGAUGUCUUUGGCUGUAUGGCAGACAUUGGCUGGAUCACGGGGCACAGUUAUGUGGUCUAUGGCCCCCUCUGCAAUGGUGGCACCACGGUCCUUUUUGAGAGCACUCCUGUCCAUCCCAACCCUGGACGCUACUGGGAAACAGUGGAGAGGUUAAAAAUUAAUCAGUUUUAUGGGGCACCUACUGCCAUCCGCCUGCUCCUGAGAUAUGGUGAUGAAUGGGUGAAGAAAUAUGACCGCUCCUCUCUCAAAGUUCUUGGCUCAGUGGGUGAACCCAUCAACAAGGAGGCAUGGGAGUGGUACUUUCGUGUGGUGGGUGAGACACGGUGCCCUGUUGUGGACACGUGGUGGCAAACAGAAACAGGAGGUAUCUGUAUCUCACCCCGUCCUUCUAACCCUGGAGAUGAAAUCCUUCCAGGCAUGGCCAUGAGACCUUUUUUUGGCAUCAGCCCCUCUGUCCUGGACGAUAAGGGAAAUGUCCUUUUGGAAAAUAACAUCUCUGGAGCCCUUUGCAUCUCACAAGCCUGGCCAGGUAUGGCACGAACCAUUUACAAAGACCAUCAGAGGUUUGUGGAAACCUACCUGGCUCCUUAUCCAGGGUUCUUCUUCACUGGGGAUGGCGUGUAUCGCACCAGCGAGGGCUAUUACCAGCUUACGGGACGGCUGGAUGACAUCAUUAACAUCAGUGGGCACCGGCUGGGCACGGCAGAGGUGGAGGAUGUUGUGAACCACCACGCGGCAGUGGCAGAGUCUGCUGUGAUUGGCUACCCACAUGAGAUCAAGGGAGAAGGAGCCUACGUGUUUGUUGUGCUGAAGAAGGACAGCAGGUACAUGGAGGAGACUCUCGUUGCUGAGCUACGGGAGCUGAUCUCAAAGAAGAUCGCAAAGUAUGCGGUUCCAGAGUACAUUCAGGUCACACACCGACUACCCAAGACGCGCUCCGGGAAGAUUAUGCGGCGGGUGCUAAGGAAGAUUGUUGAGAACAAAGCCAGUGAGCUUGGGGACCUAACCACCCUAGAUGACCAUGAUGCCGUGCAGCAGAUCAUAGAGGGACACGAGCGCCUUGUGGAGGGGCAGAAGAGCUGCUAGUGUGGCUCUUCCAGCAGCCACCUCCUACUCCUUCACUACAGAACCAGGGUCAGGUCCAGAAAUGUCACUGAGCAACUAUUGCCCAGUAAGUGCUCAGACUAUGCCGCCAGCAUGGUCUGAGAGACCCUCAAGAGCUCUGUCUCCAUGCGCACAAAGGAGGCAGGUGGAGAGAACAGGCAGAACAGUAAGGUGGGAGCUCUGUUUGCUCCCUGUGAACAAAGGACCAAAAUCCUUCCUUGGAGUUCCUUGUGCCUUGCGGUAAUUUUGGA